UCAACAGAAACGAGUGGUGCCGUUGUUGCAUUUGUACAGAAACGUUGAAAUUAUGGGAUAUGUUCCAACUGUUUAUUUUGUGGAAUAGGCCAUUUCCUUUUUUCGUAAGGACCUGUGAGUGGAUGUUGUAAUAAUCAAACCUGAAACGAUGGGAGCCGGAGGACAAAGACGAGGAAUACAGUCAUGGUGGUUUGCCCUGCGCUUUUCUGUGCUGCUCAGCUGUGUGGAGCGGGUUUCAGCUCAGAUUAAGUAUUCUGUUCCAGAGGAGGCAAAAGUGGGAUCUGUUGUUGGAAACGUCGCUAAAGAUCUCGGAUUGGACAUCAGUUCGCUGGGAGAACGACGGUUUCGGAUUGUCUCGGGAACUAAAGAUGCUCAGUUUGAAGUAAAUCAGAACAAUGGCGUCUUGUACGUACAUAAGAACAUCGACCGAGAGGAGCUUUGCGAGAGCGUCUCUCCGUGUUUGAUUAACCUUAAAAUGGUAGCUGAGAACCCCAUGGAGAUACAUUAUGUGGGGGUAGAAAUCAUGGACGUAAAUGAUCAUUCGCCGAGCUUUCAGGAGGAAGAGAAAAUAUUAGAGAUUUCUGAGUCCACCCUUCCUGGCAAACGUUUCCAGCUGCCAACUGCGCACGAUCCAGAUGUUGUCACCAACACUGUGCGCUUGUAUAAAUUAAAUCAAAACGAAUAUUUUAGUAUACAAAUUCGAGAGAGAGGUGAGGACAAGAUACCUUUCGUAGUUCUGCAAAAGGCUCUGGAUCGUGAAAAGAACAGUGAGCACAGACUCAUUCUGACCGCAGUUGACGGUGGAAAUCCACCGAGAUCAGGGACGCUUAAUGUCACAGUCAUCGUUCUCGACUCAAAUGAUAACCAUCCUAUAUUCAGCCAGGAGGUAUAUUCAGUAACAAUGCCUGAAAAUGUCGCCUCAGACACAAGUGUAAUCACGGUAAAGGCGAGUGAUGUGGAUGAGGGCACAAAUGGAGAAAUUGAGUAUUUUUUCGGUGGCCAGCUUGACCGGAAAAUAUAUGACAUGUUUAGCUUGGAUAAAGACACUGGUGAGAUUCGAGUGAAGGGAGAAAUUGACUAUGAGAGGGUUGACGUUUUUAAGUUGGACGUCCAUGCCAGUGACAAAGGACAGCCACCGAUGAGUACGGAUUGCAGGGUGAUCAUCAAAGUGCUCGACAAAAACGAUAACAAACCUCAAAUAGAGGUGACGUCCCUGUCAAACAUGGUCUCUGAAGACUCCAAACCUGGAACUGUGGUUUCUCUUAUCAGCAUCACUGACCAAGACGCCGGAUUAAACGGUAAAGUGAUCUGUAGUCUUUCAGAAAAUGUGCCAUUCGAUUUAAAACCAUCAUUCCAAGAUAAUAUGUACUCCUUAGUUUUGAAACAGCGUCUGGAUCGAGAAUCAGUUUCGCAUUAUGACAUCACAAUAACAGCUACAGACUGUGGCCAGCCCCCCCUGUCUACAUUCAAAACUCUGAGUAUUGAUGUUUCAGACGUCAAUGAUAAUGUCCCACAAUUUCCCCACAACCCGAUUGAUCUUUACCUGGUAGAAAAUAACGUGCCUGGAAACCCAAUAUUUUCUGUUACUGCGUCGGACAAAGACCUGAAUGAAAAUGCUGCCCUGACUUAUCAUAUAGUGAGAGAGGACGGUGGUCAGGGGAAAAUUACAGCGUUUUUAAAUAUAAAUUCAGAUAAUGGUCAAAUAUCCGCUCUAAAAAGUUUUGACUUUGAGGUUCUGAAAACGUUCCAGUUCCAAGUUGUGGCCACAGAUUCUGGAACUCCGUCACUGAGCAGCAACGUCACAGUGAACGUGUUCAUUCUGGAUCAGAACGACAACGCUCCAGUCAUCCUGUAUCCAGUCAGCUCCAACGGUUCUGCUGAAGGUGUGGAGGAGAUUCCUCGCAAUGUGAACGCAGGACACUUGGUGACUAAAGUCAGAGCCUAUGACGCUGAUAUAGGAUAUAACGGCUGGUUACUCUUUUCACUGCAGGAAGUCACUGACCACAGUCUCUUUGGUUUGGACCGCUAUACAGGACAGAUCAGAACACUUCGCUCAUUCACAGAGACAGACGAGGCUGAGCAUAAACUGCUCAUACUGGUCAAAGACAAUGGGAACGUUUCUCUCUCAGCAUCAGCUACUGUCGUUGUCAAACUGGUGGAGCCCAAAGAGGCUUUUGCUGCUUCUGAUGUUAAAAGCGCCACUAAAGUUGACGAGGAGGACAAUGUGACAUUUUAUCUGAUGAUAACUUUGGGCUCAGUCUCUGUACUUUUUAUCAUCAGCAUCAUCGUGCUGAUUGCGAUGCAGUGCUCCAAAUCCACAGACUAUACUUCUAAAUAUCUCCAAGAGACUAAUUAUGACGGGACUCUGUGUCACAGCAUCCAGUACAGAUCUGGAGACAAGCGCUACAUGUUAGUUGGCCCCAGAAUGAGUAUAGGAUCUACUAUAGUCCCUGGCAGCCAUGCUAAUACUCUAGUGCUCCCUGACAGAAGACGUCCGUCUGGAGAGGUAAGACUUUAA